AUAAUAAUAAUAAUAAACAGAUGAAACAAUAGAUCACACCCUCAGCUGCUGCAGAAAGAUUGCACAGACAGACUACAAGCAGAGGCAGAACACCGUUGCUCAGAUGAUUAAUUGGAACUUGUGCCACAAAUACCAUCUGCCUGCAACAAAGAACUGGUGGAAUCACAAGCCCGAAAACGUUACAGAGAAUGAACAUGUCAAGCUACUCUGGGACUUCCGAAUUCAGACAGACAGGGUUUUGGAGCACAAGACCCCUGACCUCACGAUCGUGUUAAAAAAAAGUAUGGACUGUCAAUAUUGUCAUCCCAGGUGACAGCAGGAUUGAGGAGAAACAACUAGAAAAGCUGACAUGAUAUGAGGAUUUAAAGAUCGAAUUACAAGGACUCUGGCACAAGCCAGUCAAGGUGGUCCCAGUGGGUGCAGUGGCUAAAAACCUUGGCCUGCACUUAAACACAAUCGGCGCUGACAAAAUUACCCUCUGCCAGCUGCAGAAGGCCACCUUCUUGGGAGAGGCACGCAUUACUCGCCGAUACAUCACACAGUCCUAGACAUUGGGGAAGUGUCCGAGGUGUGAUCCAAGACAGCCAGCAGAGUGUCUGCUGUGGACUCAUCUUGUUAUGUUUCAAAUAAUAAUAAUAAUAGCAACAACUUUAUUUUUGUAUCCCGCGCCAUCUCUGCGAGGGGACUUGGGGUGGUUUCUAUGGGGACCAAUCCCAACAAUAUACCAUCAAAUGCAUUCCAAUCCCAAGGAAUUAAUACAUCAGUGCCUCUAAAACACAACAUCCCAAAAGCGUAGCCCAUGAGAUGGGAUCAGCCAAACAGUCUGGACCUGAACCAUCCAGGGCUUGAAAGGCCAUCACCAGCCCUUUGACUUGUGCCCAGUGACAGGCUGUCAGUCAGUGGAGGGGGGGGGGUGUCAGCAACCUGGCUGCCCCGUUUUGGAAGGCGCAUGCGCAGAGGGCCUGGAGGGCCGAGCAGGCCGCAGCCUCCCCGGGACAGACAGACAGACCAAGGCCGGACGGGGAAGGGAGGCCCGUCAGCAGGGACCCCGAACCCUCACCCAGCUGCCCCUGACCUGCUCCUCUCUCUCUCUCUCUCUCCCGAAAGGCCUCCUCCUCCUCCUCCUCCUCCUCCUCCUCCUCCCUCUUCCUCGAAGGGCGCUCACAGGAAAGGGUGGAAGGCGGGGCUUCGCCUGAGGGAACUAGGCGCUUCUCCCCCCCCCCCGCCUUCCCCCCUUCGCUUCACGGUCCGCCAAUGGGAACCCGCCUUCCUCUCGCGCGUCAUCGGUCUCCGGGCAGGAACGCCCCCUCCCCUCCCCUCGCCCUUGGGCCGUGAAGGGUCCUUCCAGAAAUGGGCCAAUGGGGAUCGGCCUGGUCUCUCCGCGUCACCAGUCUCCGGGCAGCCUCGCCCUGGCCUUCCCGCCCGCGGGUCAUGUGACGGGCUGAGUGACCGUUGGGAAGGCCGAGGCCUGAGCCGGGAGCGAGGGGGGAGGGGCGGGGAGGGGCGGGGCCUGCCUUCUUCCUUCCUUCCUUCCUUCCUUCCUUCCUUCCUUCCUUCCUUCCUUCCUUCCUUCUCUCCGAGCCCGAGCCUGCGGCCUCGUCCUCCGCCUCGUCAGUCCUGAGGAAAUGUGAUUUUUGGCCGAGAAUCUCAGAGUAGAGCCUGUGGAGGGAUUUCCUUCCCUUGAAAGAAAGAAGAGGAAGGAAAAGCAUCUUGGAUACGGUUGGGUUCUUCACCAGAGUGGUUCCAACAUGGAGAGACCCAACUCACGUGGGCCUGAAGCAGGACCUGGGGGCAGUGGGGAAUCCUGGGAAAGAACCAGACAUGAGUCCCUGAGUGUGGACCUUGACAGCUCGGACACACAGCGCCAGCGCUUCAGGCAGUCCUCCUACCAAGAGGGUGAAGGACCCAGAGGGGUUUGCAGUCGUCUCCACGAUCUGUGCCGCCAGUGGCUGAAGCCAGAGCAGCACACCAAGGCCGAGGUGCUGGACCUGGUGACCCUGGAGCAGUUCCUGAGCAUCCUGCCCCCAGAGAUGGGGAGCUGGGUCCGAGAGUGUGGGGCAGAGACCUGUUCCCAGGCGGUGGCUCUGGCGGAAGGCUUCCUCCUGAGUCGGGCCGAGGACAAGGAGCAGGAAGGACAGGUGAGAGCAUUCCCUCUGGGUUUCACUAACCUGGGGACUGAUGGACAGGUUAAACGUGCAUCCUGCCUUUCUUCCAAGAUGGGACCGAUGUGGGGGAUA